CUGAAAGAGAAGAGUUGGGAGAGCCCGGCUUCAACUGAACACGACUCCUGUGGGCUGAAUGCGCCCAACCUAACAGGACGGAACAGCCAGAAAACAGCGCGUUAUACACACGCACUCGACCCAGAAACAGCUGAUAGAGAGAAAAUGUGAAGAUCUGUAGUUGUCACAGUGCUGGAGUAGUCAACAGUAACCGGGAAAGAUGGCGAGGACACAGACUCGCAUGUUCCUCGCCUUGGCUUUGCUGGGAAUUUUCUUCCUCGAUGUCUCGGUGAAAGGGGAGCUGCAGGGAGAGCAACAGGAGGAGGAGGAGGAGAGGUCCUGUCAGGGAGCCUUCGACCUCUAUUUUGUCCUGGACAAAUCUGGAAGUGUGAAGAAUCACUGGAUAGAGAUUUACUCCUUUGUGGAGCAGCUGGCAGAGAAGUUUAUCAGCCCCAUGCUGCGAAUGUCCUUCAUUGUCUUCUCCACACGAGGAAACAUCAUCCUGAAAUUGACGGAGAACAGGGAAGCCAUCACUGGAGGCUUAACAGCUCUGAGAAGAGUUAUCCCCGGAGGAGACACAUUUAUGAACUUAGGCCUGGAGAUGGCUAAUGCACAGAUAUACCAAGAGAAGCACGGGACAGCCAGCGUUAUCAUCGCUCUGACGGACGGAGAGCUGAAUGAGUGGCAGUUUGACACAGCUCAGCGAGAGGCUCAAAGAGCAAGGUCCAUGGGAGCCAUUGUUUACUGCGUAGGGGUCAAAGAGUUCAAUCAGACGCAGCUUGCAACUAUUGCAGACACCGUGGAGCAUGUGUUUCCUGUAUGGGGAGGCUUCCAAGCACUGAGAGGAAUCAUUGACUCAAUCAUCAAGAGGUCCUGCAUUGAGAUUCUAGCAGCAGAGCCGUCCAGUGUGUGUGCAGGAGAGAGUUUCCAGGUGGUGGUGAGAGGCAAUGGGUUUCUUCAUGCCAGAAAUAUUGACCAGGUCCUCUGCAGCUUCAAACUGAAUGAUACACUCACUGUGGAUGAGAGACCAGCUGGAAUAGAGGAUACCUUCCUGCUCUGUCCCGCUCCUGUUGUAGAGGAGGUUGGGAGGGUGAUCUACCUGCAGGUGAGCAUGAAUGAGGGCCUCUCCUACAUCACCAGCUCCGUUCACAUCACUACUACUGAAUGUUUCGACGGCACCAUCGUGCUAAUAUCGUUGCUGGUGGUGUUCCUGCUGUUGGCUCUGCUGCUGAUGUGGUGGUUCUGGCCUCUCUGCUGCACUUUGGUGAUCAAGGAACCUCCACCACCUCCUCCUCCAGAGCCAGAAUCAGAUGAUGAGGAUGGGAUGCCAAAGAAGAGGUGGCCUACAGUGGAUGCAUCCUACUACGGAGGAAGAGGAGUGGGUGGCAUUAAACGCAUGGAGGUGCGAUGGGGGGAGAAGGGGUCCACUGAGGAAGGUGCGAAACUGGACAAACCUAAAAAUGCAGUUGUAAAGAUGCCAGAACAGGAAUUUGAACCAUAUGAGCCCAAGCCUCGAAAACCACCACGCCGCCCCCCACAGCAGAGGAGGUGGUACACACCUAUUAAGGGGAAGCUAGAUGCUCUGUGGGCUCUGUUCAGGAGAGGCUACGACCAGGUAUCGCUGAUGAGACCACAGCCGGGAGAGGAGGGUCGCUGUAUCAAUUUCCAGCGGGUCAAAGAUGGGGAAUCCACCCCUAACAACCGGGCUCCUCCUCGCACACAUCACUCUCCCAUGCCGCCUCCUCCUGCUAGUCCCCCGCCCGCUGAACAGCAACCUCUGGUCUCCAACUCUGUCCCCCGUACGAAGCCUCCGUCGAGAGGGCCUCGCACCACACCACCCUCCCGCUCACCCCCUCCCAUGGCCCAACCGCCUCCAGGUCCACCCCCAUCUCGUGCACCCCCGGGGCCCCCAGGACCCCCGCCGUCUCGACCCCCACCCAGGCUCUGAUCACGAAGAGAGGGCCUCCAAUAAACAACUGAUACAUCCACUCGUUCCAUAAAGCACCCCGUCUUUCAAUCUUACAAGCCAGGAGCUCUGAUUCAAAGCUCUGUGCUUUGUUGCUGGACAGCAAGAAAAUAUUUAUCUGAUGUCGAAAUCAGCUAGAGUUUCAUCAAAGUUAACAUUUUUAUAGAAAAGAGAAACUAUAGAAACAGCAAGCAUGUAGUUACUUGAUUAAGCCUGUAUGUACAGUAGUAGAUGUCAUGUUGAUUUAAGUGGUAAGAGGAAGUGCAAUUCUUUCUGGAAAUGAGACAAAAAUGAUUAAUGUGCUGUUGAACGUUAGAUUGUGACUGUUUGUGUAUGAGUGACGAUGGUGAAUAGUUUGGGUUGGUAGAGUAUAAUAAUGGCAAGUGAGGAUGUAGCGAAAGAGGAUAUCGAUGUCGGUUAUGUUGGCUUUUAAAUGUACGAUAUUUUAGGUUUCUAUAAAUGAGACUGAUUCAUCAUUUUACCUUUUCAACCACAGAAACUUUUUCUACAUUGUAGCUAAAUUUAGUGCAAAAGUUAAGUGAUCUUAUUGUAACUGCAGGGCAGUUUCUCCAUAUUUUAUUUAUUAUAACACCAGCCCUGUCUGCAUCUGUUUUCUACUUAGCACCAGGUGGGUUUUUUAAGUCUUUGAGGGAGGGAUAUCAAGGUGGAUGUAAAGAAGCAUUCUGGCAUGCAUUUGUGGUUUCAUUAGCAUCAAAUGAGAGAUUGUGUUGCAAAGUUGUAUCGUCAGGGUUCUCCUGUAUACUGCAUUUACUGACUGAAAUGAUCAUCUGCAUUAUUUCUUUAUUAACAACCUUUUGUGUCAAUAAACAAAAUGUUUUUUUUA